AUGAGGCACCUCAAGGUGCGAUCGCUCAUGGUGCCUCCCGGCGUGCCUGACUUCUUCACCCGCGUUCGCCUCGUCGAAGAAGGCAACGUCAAGCUGAAGGGCCGUGCGUGGGCGGGACCGUUGGCGGUGAAGCAGGUGCUGGUGAGCGUGGACGGCGGCGUCACGUGGGCCGAGGCCACGCUGGCCGCCAAGGGCGUGGGCAAGUUUGCCUGGAUCGCGUGGAGCUUCGAGUGGCGCAACGUGCGCGCCGGCGCCAAGCACUUCCUCAUGACCAAGGCCAUCGACGAGCUGGGCAACGUGCAGGACAACGCCGAGGAGUGGAACUACUACGCCAUGGGCGCCACGGUGCCGCAGUCGGUGCCCGUCGUGGUGGUGAGCUCGGCCGAGUGGCGCAUCACCGGCAAGCCCCUGCCCAACCCGCCUCGCCACCCCAAGCUCUAA